CACCACGACUUGAGCACGUCCGUUUCCGCAGUCGCUGGCCACGGUUCUGGUUUCCUGGAGCAUUGUUACCCCGCGAGAUCGGCCGUGGAAUGCUUCAACGAGAACGAUAGCGUGUCUUAAAGCAGUCACUGCUUGGACCCUCCUACUGGCCUGCGUUUACGUACCUUGACUCCAUUUGAGGCUCAAGAUUAGCCGGAUAAGACGGAUUCCACCGGCAUCUUCUUCGCCAUGACGCCCUCUAUAGUUCCAACAGCACCACCCAAGGCGCCGGCCGGGACGCUGACCACCGCCUUCGACGACACACUUCGCUUCUACCUCAAUGGCACCCGCGUCGUGCUGGACGAGAUCGACCCCGAGGUGACCCUGCUCGAAUAUCUCCGGGGCAUCGGCCUGACUGGCACCAAGUUAGGGUGCGGCGAAGGCGGCUGCGGCGCCUGCACCGUUGUCGUCUCGCAAUACAACCCGACCACGAAGCGCAUCUACCACGCCAGCGUCAACGCCUGCCUCGCCCCACUCGUCUCCGUCGAUGGGAAGCACGUCAUCACCGUCGAGGGUAUCGGCAACGUCAAGCGGCCCCACCCGGCUCAGGAGCGCGUCGCGAAGAGCAACGGCUCCCAGUGUGGCUUCUGCACCCCCGGCAUUGUCAUGAGCCUAUACGCCCUGCUACGGAACAACGAUGCGCCCACCGAGCACGACAUCGAGGAGGCCUUCGACGGGAAUCUGUGUCGCUGCACAGGUUAUCGACCCAUCUUGGAUGCUGCCCAGACAUUUAGUGUGCGGAAGGACGCCAGGGGACCGAUCAGUGGUUGUGGGAAUGCCAAGGCGAAUGGGGGCAGCGGGUGUUGCAUGGAGAAUGGUGGCGGGGGUGGGUGUUGCAAGGACGGGAAGGUGGACGGCGUUGACGAUCAGCCGAUCAAGAGGUUCACCCCGCCGGGCUUCAUCGAGUACAAGCCGGACACGGAGUUGAUUUUCCCGCCUGCGCUGAAGAAGCACGAGUUUAGGCCGCUGGCUUUCGGCAACAAGCGCAAGAAGUGGUUCCGCCCCGUGACCCUGGACCAGUUGCUCGAAAUCAAAAGCGAGUACCCGACCGCCAAGAUAAUAGGCGGCAGCACCGAGACGCAGAUCGAGAUCAAGUUCAAGGCCCAGCAGUACCCGGUCUCGGUGUACGUUGGCGAUAUCCCGGAGUUGAGGCAGUUCUCCUUGAACGAGGACCACCUGGAGAUUGGCGGCAAUAUUACCCUUACCGACCUUGAGGGUGUCUGUCAGGAGGCUCUGAAACACUACGGGGAAGCACGUGGACAAAUAUUCAGUGCCAUCUACAAGCAACUGAAGUACUUCGCUGGCAGGCAGAUUCGAAACGUUGGCACGCCAGCUGGUAAUCUGGUUACGGCGUCGCCCAUCUCGGAUCUGAACCCCGUCUUCAUGGCUGCAGACGCCGUUCUGGUUGCGAAGACGCUGGGAAAGGACCUCGAGAUUCCCAUGGCAGAUUUCUUCAGGGGCUACCGCCGGACGGCGCUACCUGCGGAGGCGGUUCUCGCGUCGAUCCGCAUACCAGUCACCCAAGAGAAAAACGAGUUCUUCCGAGCCUACAAACAAGCAAAACGGAAAGAUGACGACAUCGCCAUUGUUACCGCGGCCCUGAAGCUGCGCUUGAGUGACGACGGGGUUGUCGAGGCGGCCAACCUCGUGUACGGCGGUAUGGCGCCCACAACGGUCGCUGCGAAGCAAACGAAUGCGUACCUCGUCGGGCGCAAGUUCGCAGAGCUGGAGACCCUUGAAGGCAGCAUGAACGCCCUUGGGCAGGAUUUCGAUUUGAAUUUCAGCGUGCCAGGUGGCAUGGCCUCGUACAGAAAGUCGUUGGCGCUGGGUUUCUUCUACCGCUUUUACCACGAGGUGAUGCAGACGCUCGGCGAGAAGUCAGAUGAGGAAGCCGUCGCAGAACUCGAGCGAGAAAUCUCUACCGGCAAGGAAGACAAGGAAGCGGCUGCAGCAUACAUGCAGGAGACGCUUGGGAAAUCCAACCCUCACGUGGCCGCCCUGAAGCAAGUGACGGGCGAGGCGCAGUACACGGACGACAUCCCGCCCCUCAAGAACGAGCUCUACGGCUGUCUCGUGCUCUCGACGAAAGCCCAUGCCAAGAUCAAGUCUGUCGAUUUCGCCCCGGCCCUUGACAUCCCGGGCGUGGUCGACUACGUCGACAAGAACGACAUGCCCAGCGCGCGCGCCAACCGCUGGGGCGCGCCGCACUUCGAGGAGACCUUCUUUGCCGAGGACGAGGUGCAUACCGCCGGCCAGCCGAUCGGUCUUAUCCUUGCCACGUCGGCGGCCCGCGCCGCCGAGGGCGCUCGUGCGGUGAAGAUCGAAUACGAGGAGUUGCCUGCCAUCUUCACCAUCGAAGAAGCCAUUGAGAAGGAAAGCUUCUUUGAUUUCUUCCGAGAGAUCAAAAAGGGCAACCCGGAAGAGGCUUUCAAGAACUCUGAUUAUGUGUUCACGGGAACUGCAAGGAUGGGCGGGCAGGAGCAUUUUUACUUGGAGACGCAUGCAUCACUUGUCAUCCCAAAGCCCGAGGAUGGCGAGAUGGAGAUUUGGUCGAGCACGCAGAAUCCGAACGAAGCCCAGGCAUAUGCUGCUCAGGUCUGCAACGUCCAGUCCAACAAGAUCGUCGUCAAAGUCAAGCGCAUGGGCGGAGGCUUCGGCGGGAAGGAGACACGAUCCAUUCAACUCAGCACUAUCCUAGCUUUAGCAGCGAAGAAGACGCGCCGGCCAGUGCGCUGCAUGCUUACACGCGAGGAAGACAUGGUCACCUCCGGCCAGCGGCACCCGUUUCUGGGGCGGUGGAAGGUGGGCGUCAACAAGGACGGCAAAAUCCAGGCGCUGGACCUGGACAUCUUCAACAACGGCGGCUGGAGCUGGGACCUCAGCGCCGCCGUGUGCGAGCGCUCCAUGACCCAUUCGGAUGGCUGCUAUAUGAUCCCCAACGUUCACGUGCGCGGUCGCAUCUGCAAGACGAACACUAUGUCCAACACGGCCUUCCGCGGCUUCGGCGGGCCGCAGGGCAUGUUCAUUGCCGAGUCGUACAUGUCAGAGGUCGCGGACCGCUUGGGCAUGCCUGUCGAGCGACUCCGCGAGAUCAACUUCUACAAGCCGAACGAGCUCACCCACUUCAACCAGCCCGUGACCGACUGGCACGUGCCGCUCAUGUACCAGCAGGUCCAGGACGAGGCCGAGUACGCCAAGCGCCGCGAGGCCAUCACCAAGUUCAACGCAGAGCACAAGUGGCGCAAGCGCGGCCUCGCCCUGAUCCCCACCAAAUUCGGCAUUUCCUUCACCGCGCUCUGGCUCAACCAGGCCGGCGCCCUCGUGCACAUCUACCACGACGGCUCCGUCCUCGUCGCCCACGGCGGCACCGAAAUGGGCCAGGGCCUGCACACCAAGAUGACCAUGAUCGCCGCGCAGGCGCUCAACAUCCCCAUGGAGGACGUCUACAUCUCCGAAACGGCCACCAACACGGUCGCCAACGCGUCCGCCACCGCCGCGUCCGCCUCGUCCGACCUGAACGGCUACGCCAUCCACAACGCCUGCGCGCAGCUCAACGAGCGCCUGGCGCCCUACCGCGCCAAGCUCGGGCCGUCCGCGACGCUCAAGGACCUCGCGCACGCGGCCUACCUCGACCGCGUCAACCUCUCCGCCCAGGGCUUCUACAAGACGCCCGAGAUCGGCUACACGUGGGGCGCCAACACGGGCAAGAUGUACUUCUACUUCACGCAGGGCGUGACGGCGGCCGAGGUCGAGGUCGACACGCUGACGGGCUCGUGGACCUGCACGCGCGCCGACGUCAAGAUGGACGUCGGCCGCUCCAUCAACCCGGCCAUCGACUACGGCCAGAUCCAGGGCGCCUUCGUCCAGGGCAUGGGCCUGUUCACCAUGGAGGAGUCGCUGUGGCUGCGCACGGGGCCCAUGCGGGGCAACCUGUUCACGCGCGGGCCGGGCGCCUACAAGAUCCCCUCGUUCCGCGACAUCCCGCAGGUGUGGAACGUCAGUUUGCUCAAGGACGUCGAGUGGAAGGAUCUGAGGACGAUCCAGCGGAGCCGCGGCGUUGGCGAGCCGCCGCUGUUCAUGGGCAGCGCCGUGUUCUUUGCCAUCCGCGACGCGCUCAAGGCGGCGAGGAAGGACUACGGCGUCGAGGCGACGAUCGGGGUCGACGAUCCGACGGAUGGGUUGCUGAGGUUGCAGAGCCCGGCGACGCCGGAGAGGAUCAGGCUGGCGUGUGUCGAUCCCAUCAUGGAGCGGGCUCGGGUCAAGCCGAAAGAGGGGGAGGAGAGUUUCUUCAUUGCGAUCUAAUCAGUAGGGGAAUGGAUGGUUGAGGGUGGUGGCAUGCACAGGAGCAACACACUUGGGGUCUUGACUUUUUUUGCAUCUAUCGCUGGGUUUGCAUCCUAGCCCGUUUUCUGCGAGAAUAUGGUACCUACAGGGUGAUGUCCUUGUCUGUUGUUUUC